AAACUUAAUCAUGUGUUCCUCCGAGUACGUGUGCCAUUCUUCCUGGUGUUGCAUUUCUGAUGGCCAGAAAUGUAUUAAGAGAUCGCUAAAGGAAACAAAAGUGGCACAUGACGUUACCAUAACCGUCCAUGAAGCCUUAGCCAACAUUUGUUUACUGUUAUCGACAUUACUUGAAAACAGAAAUUUCAACAGAAAUCUGCUUCUAUUGUGUCCAUCUGGUGAUUAGACUUUUCUUGAACCCACACUAUGGAACAAAUUAACAGGGGCUUGCUAGCAGUCAUGUGCCAGCACACAUCGUUCUUCCUGCCUGCGUACUGGGGAUGGAUCACAGUCUUUUCUCGUUCCUUGUUAAACUGCACAAACGAGGUAACGUGUCUCUUGCAUUGGCAAAUGUGCAUAAAAUGUGGGAUAUGUUUGAUAAGUAAUCUCCUUCCACAGUGGAAAAGGGGAAUUGAUGUCAGAAUAGUUGCUUUCGUAAUAAAUUACUGUCACAUUUCAUUUCUAGGGUCAAGGGAGGAGCGACGAAUGUCAGCAAAUAUUUCCAGCAGAUGGUUGCAGACACUGUCGCUUACAGAGAGAAGAACAACUUUACAAGGAAAGACUUCAUGGACCUCAUCAUUCAGCUCAAAAACAAGGGAUACGUCGACCCUGACAAAGGAGAGGCAGUGGAGAAUGGGCAGCAGAAAGGAGCCGGCACCACCGACAAAUUGUCGAUGGAAGACAUGGCAGCGCAGGCGUUCGUCGUUUUCGGUGCAGGCUUCGAGACUUCUUCAACAGCGACGAGCUUCACGCUUCACGAACUGGCGCUCAACCCCGACGUACAGAGCAAGCUGCACGAUGAAAUUGACGCCGUGCUCGAGGAAAACGGCGGUGACAUUUCCUACGACACCAUCGGCAAAAUGACUUACCUCGACACGGUUGUAUCCGAGUCUCUCAGGAAAUAUCCACCAGCACCUGUGCUGAACAGAGAGUGCAACCAAGACUACAAGAUUCCAGACAGCGACGUCGUUCUGGAGAAGGGAACUCCAGUAGUGCUGUCUGUGCUGGGCCUCCACCACGAUCCCACGCAUUUCCCUGACCCCGACCGCUUCGACCCUGAGAGGACCACUUUUUACAGAUUUUCGUAUGAGGAUGGGCCUGUUGCAAACCAAAGUGGGUCUCGUGAACAUCCUGUCAAAGUACAGUGUGCGACCCACAGAGAAGAUAGUAACUAA